GAUUACAGGUGUGAGUCACUGUGCCCGGCCUAAAAUUAACCAUUUUAAAGUGAACAACUCAGUGGCAUUAAUACAUUUACAAUAUUGCACAACCACUACCUCUAUCUGAUUCUAAAACAUUUCAUUUACUUCAAAGUAACGGAUCCCUUAUCCAUUAGGCGAUCUCUCCCCAGUCUCCCCUACCCUCAGCCUCUGGCAAGUGCUAUUCUGAGUUAUUUUACUAUGGAUGUAUCUAUUCUAGAUAUUCCAUAUAAAUGGAAUCAUACCAUAUGUAACCUUUCAUAUAUUACUUCUUUUACUUAGCAUAAUGUUUUGGAGGUUUUUGAAUUACUUAUUAACUGCUCUAUUUUGUUCUCUCACUUAAUAGAAAUUCCUGGUUACCCAAACUGUCUGAUGAAACGUCAAUAAAUAAUCAACAAUAUUGACAGAAGUAUUUAAACAGCCGUGGUAUUCUUAAGGAUGGUGAUGAACACGUUACAUUAAAACUGGGACAUUUCAUCAAGUAAAAAAUGACAAAAAAUCUCAAACCAAAUUCCUCAUUAGCAAGAUGCUACCGUCAGACAUCUGAAGAAAAAAGCAGACAGAAGUGGGAAAAACUGACCACUGCCGAGGGCCAGCUGUGGAGGCCGUCAGACCCGGGAAGGGUAAAUGGGGAAAUCACAUCCUCCCGUCUGAACACAAAAAACAUGGCUGAAGCAUAGUCCAGUACAGCCUUACUGCAGUGAUCAGGCAAGAAAUGUAAAACCCAGUGCUUGAAACCAGGCAGGUGCAGUCCAGACUCGCCCUAACUUCCCCACUGCCAGCCUUAAAAUCUUCUAGCCCUGACUUGUUUCGUUCUGUCAUGUGGAUUGGGUGUUUGUGUGGGUUUUAUGAAGGUGAUAUUUUUAGAUGAGAAAAACGAAAAGGUUAUGGUAGCACACUUAACCACACAAACACAAAACGUCUACAACAAAUGCUAUUUUAUCUUCACAGGAGAAUCAUGUAUCACCUUGGGGAGGGGAUGGGGCUUAUCCUCAUUUUUCCAGUUUCUCCUCCUCUCCUCCCUUUUUUGCAUCUAAUAAUUGCUUAGAAUAAAGGUAUGGAAAGUAGAUCCCAAUUUCAGCCCCGUUCACACGCUGUGCAAACGUGGACAACGUCUGAGCCUGUCACCUCUCAAUGGAAAAAGAGGCGAUAACGUCCCCUUCAGAGUUAUCAUGCUCAAAGUGAAGCAAUCUUUGUGAAAGGAAAAUACACAUCCUCGUGGUACGCCAGGUCGGUGUUUACGUCCUCGUCAGUGAACAAGCCGAUGUUUAAUAAGAAGCACAGCCACUCAACACUUUUCUUGUAUUUUUCUCGGCUGUCUUCCUCCAAGGGCUCUAAGGGUCCCAAGCUGUUGUCUGCAACCUAGUCCUGCUACGUCGUGGGGACUGAGUAGGCUGACUCCUCCCCUGUCGCACUUCCAAGAUAAAGAGCGCAGUUUAGGUUUGAAACCUGCAGACUCAGUCCCAACCCAACUCGGUAGACACCAGACCGACCAGCGCAACUGCAAUCCAGGCUCCGCCCCUCUAUGCCCAUUGGCUCAUUCAAUUCACGCAGGAACCAAUGGGCGGCGGCGGCGUUGGCUUGAGAAAAUUCUAUAUAGGCGGUAAAGCGGAGACGCAGCCUCCGACCCGAGGCUACGAUGAGUACCCCGGCUGUGCCCCGAGACCUGCAGCUGCCCCCGAGUCAGAGGACCCAGAAUGCAUUCAAAGAGCAAAGAAAACAAAAACUCCAGGAACAUCUGUUGAGAAGAAAAACACUUUUUGCAUACAAGCAGGAAAAUGAGAUGUUAUCCAGUAGAGGUCAGAGAGCUGGGACAUCUGAGGACCAAGUUCAAGAAGGGACUAAAGUGCUGAAACUUAAAACAAAAAUGGCUGAUAAAGAAAAUGUGAAGAGACCUGCAGGGAGCAAAAAUAGUACAAUAGUGGGGAGAAAUUGUAUUCCUUUAAAACCUUCAAAUGAACUAACCAAUUCAACUAUAGUAAUUGACACACAUAAACCUAAGGAUAGUAAUGAAACUCUGCAGUUGUUACUAACUGAAGAUGAUCCCCAAAGUCAACAUAUGACAUUAAGCCAGGCAUUUCACCUUAAAAACAAUAGUGAAAAGAAACGGAUAACUGCAGAAAAACUAAAGCAAGAUGCUAACAUGCCCAAGAAACCUGUACUUGGAUCUUAUCGUGGCCAGAUUGUUCAGUCUAAGGUUAAUUCAUUUAGAAAACCUCUACAAGUCAAAGAGGAGAGUUCUGCAGCAACAAAGAAACUUUCAACCACUGUCCCUAAAGCCACAAAGCCUCAGCCUGUAAACACCAGCAGUGUACCAGUGAAAAGUAAUAGAUCCUCAAGUAUGACUGCCACCACGAAAUAUGUAAGCACUACAUCUCAAAACACACAACUUGUGCGACGUCCAAUUAGAAGUCAUCACAGUAAUACCCAGGACACUGUGAAACAAGGCAUCAGUAGAACCUCUGCCCAUGUUACAGUCUGGAAAGUGCCUCGUGAAAAAGAACUGUUAGAAUCAAAAACAGCUUUACCUAGUGUCAAAACAAGUUCUUGUCAAGACAUAAUUAGAAGUAAGGCACUGUUGAGAAGCAUAGGAACUGAAGUUGUGGCUAGGCCUGCUUCAUUGUCUAAUGACAAACUGAUAGAAAAGUCGAAGCCCAUUGACCAGCGAAGACAUACUAUAGGAAAAGCAACUGUUGGUAGAUCAGCUUAUCCCAAAGAAACCGCAGAAGAGAGAAAAGCUCGUCUGAGUGAGUGGAAAGCUGGCAAGGGAAGAGUGCUAAAAAGGCCUCCGAACUCAGUAGUUAUUCAGCAUGAGCCUGAAGAACAAAAAGAAAAACCAGUUGGGUCUUUUUGGACUACCAUGGCAGAAGAAGAUGAACAAAGAUUAUUUACUGAAAAAGUAAACAACACAUUUUCUGAAUGCCUGAACUUGAUUAAUGAGGGAUGUCCAAAAGAAGGUAUACUGGUCACAGUUAAUGACCUGAUUAAAAAUAUUCCAGAUGCCAAAAAGCUUGUUAAAUAUUGGAUAUGUCUUUUACGUAUGGAACCAAUCACAAGUCCUGUUGAAAAUAUUAUUGCAAUCUAUGAGAAAGCCAUUCUGGCAGGGGCUCAGCCUAUUGAAGAGAUGCGACACACAAUUGUAGAUAUUCUAACAAUGAAGAGUCAAGAAAAAGUUAAUUUGGAAGAAAAUACGGAGAAGGCUUGUGCAACCAAGGAAUUAGUCACAGAAGUCAGUAUUGAAGAUACAGGUAGUGAUGUAGAGCCAGAAAAACCGGAAAUGGAGAGUAAACAUCAUAGAAAUGUCCUAUUGCAAGACUGUGAAAAGGAGCAAGACAGCAAAACGAAAGAUCCAACCCAUGAUAUUAAAACCCCCAAUACAGAAAUGAGGACAAGUUCCUUAAUUAAAUAUAAUGUGUCUACUACGCCAUACUUGCAAAGUAUGAAAAAGAAGGUGCAGUUUGAUGAAACAAAUUCUGCAUUUAAGGAGCUGAAGUUUAUAACACCAGUGAGACGUUCUCAACGUCUUCAAGAGAAAACCUCUAAAUUGCCAGAUAUGUUAAAAGAUCAUUAUCCUUGUGUGUCUUCAUUAGAACAGCUAACGGAGUUGGGAAGACAAACUGAAGCUUUUGUAUGCCGCCCUAAUGCAGCACUGUGCCGGAUGUACUCUGAGGAUUAAAUGACAGAAGAGAACUAAAGCUCUGAUAGGGAAUUGGGUUUUUAUGAUUUGUGGGGUGUUUUGUUUGGAGUAGCUUUAUAUUGCCCUUAGGACUGAAGUUGGCCAAGUACCUAUGUAUCUUAAGUAUUCAUGGCAAUGAGCUUCUUUACUAACAUUCAUGUUAUGGCCAGAGUUGUCCUCUGCAUUAGAAAGCUAAUCCUGCUGUUUGAAUCUCAACUGACUGAGUUUUUUCUUUUAAGAUAGGUAAAUUUUGUCAGCUAGUUUACUAUGUUCCUUGAAUAUAAAUAGGUUAAAAUACUAGGCUGUUCACUUUACUAACUAUAAGUACAGUAAUGAUACAUCAUUAGAAAAUGAGUUAUUCCAGUUAAAAUGUGUAUGUUUGCAUUGACAUGUUUUUAAAAGUUAUGAUCUCCCUACCAUUAAACAGAAUAAUUUUUGGGGGGGCUUUCUUGGAUUAGUAUGAAAGUUAAAAAUUGUAUAGAAUGACUCACUUUGAAUAUUAAGACACAGGAGGUUUAGCUUGCUUUCUCACCAAAUUCAUGUUACCCAGACUUGUGUUCUGUUGUCCCUUGGACUGCCUAUUGAUUGAUGAAAGUGUCUGCACUGUCUCUCUUCGUCAGUGGCAGUCUGUGGUCUCAUGGCAUCUUUUGAUUAUAACUGAGGUCACCAGGAAGGGUGCCUAAUUAACCCCAUUUUAAGAGAAGAUACUUUGUUAUAAGAAAGAAAAGAUGCCAGAUUUAUUGGUUUAACUUUUGUAACUUCACUUGGUAGUUUUUAAACAAUUAGAAUGGAGUAGGGAAAGAAUACAUCAUACUGGAUAAAUGUCAUUCUAGUUUAGAAAGCAUUUUGUCAUUCUAGUUUAGAAAGCAUUUCUAAAAUACUUGAUAGUUACACAUUUUUCUCUCCACACAUAAAUACCACCACUAAAAUUGUAAGUUUCUAAACUAAUACUUACAUGGCACACAUCAUCUAUCAAUUCUAUGGUUUCAAAUAAGUGACUUUUUAAUUGUAAAAGAUUAGUUUAAAAACUAUAUGAAUGUGGUUGAAGAUCUCAUGCUUAGUCAUUUUUAUGUUUAUUCCAUUUAUGUAUCUUUUUUUCUAUUGACUUCUCAUGUUCUAGAGAGUAAGGUUUUUAUUCCGUGUACCUGAUAUGUAUACAAUAAAAAUAACCGUAUAAUGAUUUCAUGAAGUUUAUUUCAACAAAUACUUGAUGAAAUGCAGUUUAACUACAGGGAAUGAAUUUUAGCUUUGCUUUUGAAAUACAUUGUAAGAUUUGACUUGAGGUUUUUGACACUUUGCUUAAUAGUAUAUUUUCUCUUCAAAAAUCAUCAGUCUACUUAUAUAAACUUUUCCUAGUUUUUUUCACUUUAACAAAAACGAUCACUAUGCCCUUUGGUUGUUUUUCAUACUUUGAAUGAAGUCAAGCUUUGAUACACUCUCAGCUUUUUAAUAUCCAUACCAUAUAAUUCAUUUGUCUGUAUAGCAUAGCUUGAAAUGUCUCUCUGAAAGAGAACUCAAGAUGCAAACUUUAUGUUUGGACAAGUUUUUAGUUUUAGUUUUUGUUUUUUUUUUCUCCUUUUACUGAGGGAAAAUCUGUCUCUAAAUGGUCCUAGUUCUAACAUUCAACCAGAGGUCUAACUCCUUUUCUGAUGCUUAAGGACAGCUAUUACAUGUCUCCCCUAGGUUUGUUCCAAACUAAAUAUGUCCAAGGAUGUGAUACUGUGCAUAAGCAUCCAACAGAAAUGUAGCAGGGACCUCUCUCACGGGCCUGCUUGGAUCUUCCCAUGCAUACUAAUAAAAAAUCUUGAGUCUCUUCAAGGGAAAAUCCAGGUACCUUAGCUGGCCUCAAAAAAGUAAAUGAGCAGCCUGGAAUAAGGACACAAUGUUUAGUUCCCUAUAAAAAUGAAAGAUCACAUGUUGAGUUUUUUAGGAACCCAGAUUCAUGCCAGAUGAAAAAUCCCACCCACUGUCAUGUGGACCUAAGAUAAGGGGAAACAGGACUAAACCCUUACCACCAUUCUUUGUUCUAGAUUUCUUCUUAAGGGGCCUAGACAGAAUCAUGCCUACAAGCAAAACCUUAACAUUCCUUUCUGCUGACCCUAAGUUUUUAUAAAAAGCCCUACUUUAACCAUUGCAAAGCUCUGAAUCUACCUAUAACCUGUAAGCCCCUGCUUCAAGAUACUUACCUUUUUGGCUCAAACCAAUUAUAACCUCCAUGUAUUGAUUUAUGAUUUUGCCUGUAACUUCCACUUUCCUAAAGUGUACCCCUGCCAUUAAAAACCCUUGCUUGUAAGCCA